AAGCUGGGUGCCAAUCAAACACAAGGAAGAAGAAGAAGAAGUAGUAAACAAAGCUUUGGGUGCAAGAAAGAAGGCUUCCGUGUUCCUCUUCUCUCCGCGUCUUUGGGAGGAUGGCUCACGGCGGGGUGGUUCUGGACAAAGACCAGUUCACCUGCUCGGUGUGUCUGGAGGUGCUGAAGGAUCCAGUGACCAUCCCAUGCGGCCACAGUUACUGCUCGGACUGCAUCCGCAGCUACUGGGACCAGGACGACUACUUGGGGGUCUUCGUGUGUCCUCAAUGCCGGCAGACUUUCAACCCGCGGCCGGUGCUCGCCCGCAGCACCCUGCUGGCCGACGUGGUGGAACGAUUCAAGCAAAGCGGACUCCAGGAGGCCUCGGCCGGUGAAAGUGUGGCGGAGGCGGGCGACGUGGAGUGCGACGUGUGCCCGGAGAGGAAGAAGAAGGCGGUCAACUCCUGCCUGGUGUGUCUGGCCUCCUACUGCGAGCUGCACGUCCGCCAGCACCACGACUACGCCGCCUUGAAGAAGCACAAGCUGGUGAUGGCCUCCAAGAGGCUCCAGGAGAUGGUGUGUGCUCGCCACCACAAGCUGCUGGAGGUCUACUGCCGCACGGACAAGGAGUGCAUCUGCUCGCUGUGUCUCACCGACCACCACCGAGGCCACGACGCCGUGACCGUGGAGGUGGAAAUACAACAGCAACAAAGACAGCUUGGUGAGAUGAAGCUCAACUCUCAGCAGAGCAUCCAGCAGAGAGAGAAGGAGGCUCAGGAGCUGAGGCAAAGCAUCUUUUCUCUGAAUCGCUCGGCCCGGCUGGCGACGGAGACGAGCGAGUGCGUCUUCACCGAGCUGAUCCGCUCCAUUGACUUGAAACGCUUCGAGAUACGCGAGCUGAUUACCGCCCAGGAGAAGCUGGUGGUCAGUCAGUGUGAGCAGCUGCUGGAGAAGAUACAAAAGGACGUCACAGAACAGAGGAAGGUCGAGGCUGAUCUAGACAAGCUCUCGCAAACCGAGGACCACGUGCACUUUCUCCAGAGUUUUCAAUCCCUGAAAGCCACACCUGCGUCCUCUCCUCUUCAAGCCGUGGCUCUCGCCCCCAACUUGACCUUUGACCCUGCUACAAAAGCUGUGUGCGAUUUCAAAGCGUUGCUGCAGGAAAUCUGCCAGGGAGGAUUCGUCAGCAUUUAUGAGAAAGUGCGAGAUGUUGUCCUGGUGGGUUCUCCCGCCCCGCCAGCCCACACAGAAUUAACGCCCUAUCCCAUUGUCGAUCCUCCUAUUCAAGUGCGAGCGAUCGUGCACUCCUCACAUGGCCUGGACCAAAGCCCUGCCGGCCCCUUCAGCUCUUCUCUUCAUCCUGAAGUUCCAGUUUUUGUCUUCUCACCUUUUGGCCCCAAACUGUCGUCAGGGUCCAGACAGAGAGGCUCUCAGCGCCGCCCCAGAAAGAAACACCACUUGAACUGACCCUUCAAUACUACCUUUCUUCAACUCUCACACACACACUCUUACUGUUACUUUAAAAGUACUUUUAAUUUUAAUUUUAAGUGUUCAUUGCAGUACAAUCCAGUACUGAAUACUCCCCCAGUGCAGUAUUAAAAGCAGGACUCAC